CUAUGAGAGAUGUGUAAUCAAAUUGAAAACUAGUUAUAAAAUAGUGUUUCACAUUUUCAAAUGCGUUACUAUUACUUGGCAGGAUUGUUUUGCAUGGCUACAAAGAUCUUCAGACAAAAUGGAGAAUGUAUUUGAUUUUGAGUCACCUUUUUGAGAUUGUCUUGGAUUUCAGACUGGAAUAUGCCAGUCUCCAACAAAAAGGAAGGGAGGGAGAGACAGACAGAGGGAAAUGCCGAGACAAAUCUGUGACAAAUUCAGCUGAAAGACCACGAUUUGCAAGACUAGUCUCCACCGAGUUUCUCUCCCAUCAUAGAUCCCCCCCACAUGUUUAUCCUCCAGUUAUUUCACAGCAGCUGGAUUGAGCAUUAUUUAGGUGAGAUCCGAGCUGAUAUCGAGCAGCCUGAACCGUCAUAUCCCUAUAUGGUCAUGCAUGUAGAAAACAGAGGGAGUGAAAGUGAGGCAGCCUUAUCAGUGUUAAGCAUGUGUGCGCAGUGGGCAGCGUGAUGGAGCUGCAUCCUCGCGCUCGUGGCCAUCGAGGAAAAAACAACACGGUACUGUAUCUGUCGCCACACCCAUCAUAAAGCCAGACACGGCACGGUAGAGAGGAAAGAGAGCAUUUUAUGUCGGUGACAGCGACAUGACAACAGCCGAGGGCUAUGGGCUGAGCGGCAGAUGAGUUACACACAUUCACCAGCGUCCCCCCUUUUCAUCGAAAACACAGUAAACCUUCGCGAUAUAUAUAACUGUCUGGUGCGAAUAUUGAUGUUACGAAUAAUGCACAAAAGGCUGUUUGAAUGAAUGGAUGAUGGUGCACGUGGGGGCCAGUUAAGGAGAGGUAUUUAAAGAUGUGGACACGUCUCUCUGUCAAUGCGCAUGAUACUGCGGUUCCACUACUAUGGCACGCUCCAACUCACCUUGAAUCGGCGCACGGCCGCUCUCCUGUCAUUCGGGUGCGGGGCGUACGGAGAACCAAUACACGCCCCAAAGCCUCAAUCAGCAGCCAAUCCAAUGACAGAAGAGGCGGACCUGUGGAGGCAUUCUCACACUUGGUUUCACUAUGCGCUCGUAAAACGGCUCCGUCUACUACAAACGCGGCGGUGCAGGUGCUCUGUCUCUUCGGGAGAGGAUGCGGAUGGAAGGACGGGGGAGGGAAGGGAUGAAGGGAAACGCCACGAGGAAAGAAAAUAGGAUAUGAUAAAGGGGCUUUUGCUAAGAGACCGUGAAGUGCAAGGUCGAAUAUGAGAGAUUGGUUGAGCGGGGCACUUUGCGUGGUAAUAGCUGGUCGGCAAUAGUACUAUGAUUUGGUAUGUGGCCACUCUGAUAGCAAGUGUAUUCAGCACCAGAGGAACGGCCGCUCAAGGUGCCCACGGAGUGAGAGAGGAGCCCCGGUUUGUGACGGCGCGCGCCGGAGAGAGCGUGAUCCUGGGGUGUGACGUGUCCCCUCCCCUGGACGGCCAGCAGCCCCCCUAUGUGGUGGAGUGGUUCAAGUUUGGAGUGCCUAUUCCCUUCUUCAUCAACUUCCGCUUCUACCCUCCUCAUGUGGAUCCAGAGUACACUGGUAGAGCCUCUCUGCAUGGGAAGGCCUCCCUACAGAUCGACCCAGUGCGCUCCGAUGACCAGGGCUGGUACGAGUGCAGGGUCCUGAUGCUGGAGCAACAGUACGACACCUUCCACAACGGCAGCUGGGUGCACCUCACAGUCAAUGCCCCACCGUCCUUUACAGCGACGCCGCCACAGUAUGUGGAGGCGAAGGAAGGGGGAAGCACUCAGCUGAGCUGCUCUGCCCAGGGAAAUCCAAAACCAAUAAUCAGCUGGCUGAGGGAGGGGGAGGAGCUUGCAACCAACGCAAAAUAUUCAAUACAUGAUGGCAGUGUCACCAUCCUGGGCAUCACUAGGGAUGACAGAGGGGCGUACACGUGCCGGGCCUACAGUGACCAGGGAGAGGUGCUGCACACCACCCGUCUGCUGGUUCAAGGGCCUCCAUACAUCGUCUCUCCACCAGAAAACGUCACUGUCAACAUAUCCCAGAAUGCACUCUUCACCUGCCAAGCGGAGGCGUAUCCUGGCAACCUGACCUACACCUGGUUCUGGGAAGAGGAUAACGUCUACUUUAAGAAUGAUCUGAAGCUCCGAGUGCGCAUCCUAAUCGACGGCACACUUAUCAUCUUCCGGGUCAAGCCAGAGGAUGCUGGGAAAUACACCUGCAGUCCGAGCAACAGCCUCGGUAUCUCCCCCUCGGCAUCAGCCUACCUGAUUGUUCAGUACCCUGCCCGUGUGAUCAACAUGCCGCCUGUCAUCUAUGUCCCACGGAAACUGCCAGGCGUCAUCCGCUGCCCGGUGGACGCCAACCCGCCUGUGACAUCAGUGAAAUGGGAGAAAGACGGCUAUCCCCUCAGAGUAGAGAAGUACCCCGGUUGGAGCCUGAUGCAGGAUGGCAGUAUCAGGGUGGCAGAGGCAACAGAAGACUCCCUGGGCACCUACACCUGUGUGCCUUACAACGCCCUGGGUACCAUGGGCAUGUCCCCCCCUGCCACUUUGGUGCUAAAGGAUCCCCCUUACUUUAAUGUGAGGCCUGGGGGGGAGUAUCGCCAGGAGGCUGGGAGAGAGCUUACUAUCCCCUGUGCUGCUUCUGGAGACCCUGACAUACCAUCCAUUACCUGGAGAAAGUUUCCAUGUCCAUUAAAGGUGGGGAAGCCGAGCAAGAGUAAGCACAACAUCCUACCCAGUGGCAGCUUACAGUUUCUGUCCCUCAGCAAGGAGGACCACGGAGAAUGGGAGUGUGUAGCCACCAAUGUGGUCACAAGCAUCACUGCCAGCACGCGAAUCCUAGUCAUCGGCACCAGCCCACACGCUCCUGGCAACAUCCACGUAUUGCCCUCCACAACCUCUGCUAAUGUGUCCUGGGAACCAGGAUAUGAUGGCGGCUUCGAACAGACAUUUUCUGUGUGGUACGGUCCAGUGUCAAAAAGAACAGACUUUGGGCCUCACGACUGGCACUCCAUGCCAGUUUCUGGGGCUCAGACGUGGUUGGUGGUGACAGGGCUGGAGGCCGGGACAGAGUACCAGUUCAGUGUGUUGGCGCAGAACAAACUGGGCACGGGCCCAUUCAGCCAAGUUGUGACAGUCAACACUUUAGGCUCUCCUCUGGGUACCCCAGAACCACUGGUGCUUCUUACUCCACCACGGUGCCUAACAGCCAAUCGCACGCAGCACGGUGUCCUCCUCACAUGGCUCCCUCCAGGCAACCACUCCUCGCCCAUCGACCGAUAUAUCAUGGAGUUCCGCCUCGGGGAGAGGUGGGAGGUUCUGGAUGACCUGAUCCCGUCCACCGAGACCGAGCUCAUAGCCAGAGACCUCGUUCAGGAGUCCUGGUAUGAGUUUCGGGUGAUGGCUGUCAUGGAUGACCUGAUCAGUGAAAGCAGCAACGUAGUGGGAGUGUCGAGCACCGAUCCCUUCCCUCCUGCGGAGUUGCCUGAUGAGGGGCUGGCGCGGCCGGUGGUGGCGGGUGUCGUGGCAACUAUCUGUUUUCUGGCAGCAGCAGUACUGUUCAGCACUCUAGCAGCUUGCUUUGUCAAUAAGCAACACCGUCGUAAACUGAAGCGUAAACCAGAUCCUCCCUUGUCGGUGACACACUACAGGAAAAGCAUUGAGUCACCGCCUCCUCUCACCCCCUUGCCAGGGGUAGAGCCCUGCUGGGAUGAGCCUGCCAGGAGCAGUUUCUUGCCCCCGCCCGCCAGCCCCCUGUUAUCAUCUGGGAAAAUAAGUCCAGAGAGCUCUCCUCCAUCUAGGCCCCGCUCUCUUUCUUCAGACGGGUCCCAGGGCCCGGGGCUGUACGUCAGGAAGCUGCCCAGCCCUCUGAGGGAUCGAGACAAAGAGCUCUCCUUCUACAAGAAAACCAAGCGUGCCAUAGCCAGCAAGAAAUACAGUGUGUCAAAGUAUGAGUCAGAGGUCACCACGCCUAUUGAGCUGAUAAGCCGCGGCCCUGAUGGCCGCUUCACCAUGGAAAGCCCACCGGCCCGCCGCAUCCACGGCUUCCCCUUCGCAGAGGAGUCUGACAUGUACCCCGAGUUCCGGCAGUCUGAUGAGGAGAAUGAUUUUGACCCCGGGCCUCUGCCGCCCAUCAUGCCCACGCUGCGGCCCCAGCUCUCCCCAACGUCCUCCAGCCUGGAGUCAACGCAGCCCCCCAACUACAGCCCCCGCCUCCACAGGGCCAUGGAAGGUAUGAGCUUUGCAGAGGGCAGUGCACUUCACGCCUCAGGGCAGGCCCCGGCCUCCCGCUACAGGGGCUUUCCCCAGGGCCCGUUCUAUGGGUAUCUAGGCAGCCGCAUUGAAUCAGGGAUUCCACCACCAUUCUACAUGCCUGACAUCAGCCCGCGCAGCUCUGCUCUGUCCUCCCCCCCAGGCACCGCCGAGGGGCCCUUUGGUUACCCCUCCAUCCCUGAGGAGAGUGGCGAGAUGGAGCACCAUCAGUACACUGCCUCUGGCCAUUCUCUGUCGCACACACACAGCCCUCCGUGCUCUCCUGACAGCUGGCAGCCUCAUGAGUUACCCUUCCUGGGUCUAGAGGGCCCACGGUUCAUAUACCCGCCUCACCAUCCCUUGCAUCAUUCCCAGGACCUCCCUGAUCCACCCCCAUACCCUCCUCACUCUCACCCCCACGGUCGCCUGCACCUCUCUUCCCUAAAGGACCCAUCAAGCCCUGGCCUCCUGCAGCUGGAGGUCCCUAUGGCUCCCCAAGGCAGAGACCGGCCCAUGGGGCCCCCGGUUAGGCGUUUAACUAUGCAACAGGCCCAGAGUCUCGGCCAUCUCAGACACACGGCCCACGGUGUGGGUGUACCAGUGUUGCCUUACCCUGACCCGGCAGCCCGUGCAGGGAGCCCAAGCACAGCCCCCAGUAGUAGCCCUCAGUCAUGGCUCAGCCCGAGAGCGCAUCGCCGGGCAGACCCCAGCCUACCCCCAUUAGUACUCCAGCCCUCCCGCCUCUCUCCACUUUCCCAAAGCCCCCUUAGCACCCAGCCAGGUUCUCCAGAUAUCCUAGUGCGGCCCCCUCCCCGCCCCAGCAUCCUCCGCACCUCUCGGUCUCUGGAGAUGCAUGAAAUCUCCCUGCAGCCCACUGUCAGUUUCUCCCGGAGGUCUUCCCCGUCCGCCUCUCCCACUCAGAGCCAUGCCACCAGGCAACCCAGCCCCAGUUACCACGCCCACAUGUCCUAUGCCUCCACUGCAGCCAGUUACCCCUCCCAGUCCCCCUCUCCCCCUCUGGAGGGCAGGGAUGUAUUCGGGCAGAGGCCGUCCCAGAGAAGGACGGAGGAGGAGAUGCUGCCCUCAGAGCCCUCUCAGCUCCAGAUAUCAGCCUCAGGAGAACUUCUAGGUGUGUCUAGUGAUCCUGCCGGGUCUGAGAGCUUACCAGCACUGCUACACCACUGUAUUACGAAAGCCAAGGGAGGGGCUGCCAACAACAAUAACAACACAACCUCCGUAAGAAGAACAGGUGUGUGUCCCUCUCAGACCCAGCAGCAAUCUCAGACCCCCCAAGAGGGAGAGGAUCUCCACAGAAAGAGGAAAAGGCAAAACAAGAAGAACCCCUAUGUCUAUUUGACCUCCUUCCUGCACCGCAGGCAGUCUGAGGAGGACCAGACAGGCAUACUGGCCAGUGCAGACUCUGAGGGCCCAAAUUACGGCACUCUACGCUGACCCGUGUGCCCCCAAGCCAUUGGACUAGACUGAACCCAGCCCUCCCUGCUCCACCCCGGGCUCUAGCUAACACAUUUCUUAUACAUUCUAAAAGUUCAUCAGGGCUGGGCAGCGAGAAACAUCCAGCUGAAAACUCCGGGGGUUGAAAAUCUCAUUUGAAGUCAAGAACAAUGGCUUUUCUGACUUGGCACCACCACUUGUCUCUGAGGAAUUUCACUUGAAAACAUUUCAAACAUAUAUAAUGUAUAUAAAUAGUAAAAACAAGGGAAUUAAGCUUCCUUCUACAGUAAUAAAAAUGUGUUGGUUGAGUAUGUCACAACACGUAAAAGAUUUUUCACUCACUGGUCAUUGAUAGGUCCAUAUCUUUAGGUUUUCCAGUGAUACAGUGUACUGUGAAACCUGGUGCGUCCUCGGACAUGGACAUGGGUCUACCUUUCCUACAAUACAAAUAGCGUCAAUAUUAAAACACAGGGUUCUUACCACAAAAUAUACCUCAGAGUAAACGCAGAGUUGCUGUAAAUCUUUGGGUAUACUGUAAGUACUUGACCUUUUUACAUAUGUUGAUUAAAAGGUUUAUAUCACACGUCACACUCAUUCAGACAGAUAAUAUGGCCUAACUUGAUCUAAUUUAGCUUUUUACUAUCGAUAAUAUCUGGAAUCUUGUGUUUAUUUUCAUGUAUGAUUCAAUGCCAACCAUUAGAGGACUGUCUUAAUUGUUGUGCUUGAUGGCUGAGUGUGUUUACACUUAUCAUUAAAGCACCAAAUUAAGAUCAAGAUCAUAGCCUUCAUGAGAGCUCUCAAAAUAAUUUGGGGCUUACACGAUCAACAGAGGUUGGACUUUAGGUUUAGAAGAACAGGGUGAUGAAUUGUGAAGUGUACUGUAGUAUGUAUUUCAUUAUUAAGAAAAUCAUUUGUGGAACGUGGCACGUCUCUAGGUGCCUUUUUUUUUGCCUUUUCUCUUGUUUUUUCUAACAUAAACUGCCUUUUCCUUCGCCUUCUCAUAUUUGUCUCUUCUGGAGGUUGGAAGUGAGAGACUUUAAUAGUAUGUGUGUUUUUACUUUCUCUGCCAAGGACACAUUAGAGAAAAUGCUACAGAGAAUGCAUAACUUCUUUGUUGUUUUUUACAUUUAUAUUUUAAAUGGGUACCUGCUUCAACUUUGUGUAUCCAAGUAAUAGUACAGAACCAGAUUACCCAUACAAAUAAAACAAAAAAAUACCAAUUAAAAUAAAAAAAGACAAGUAAAUCUAAUAAAUACCACUUUAUGUUCAAGAGCAUUGUGCAUGAGUUUUCAUGCGUAACUAGUAGGAUGUUAAUGUUUAACGACAGCUGUUAGAGGAGAAUGUGAUUUAUUCAUGAAGCUGUUAACAAGCAAUGAGAAACACUCUAACAAUGGCCACCCUGACUGUUUAUCUUUAACAACUGUAUAUUACUUGCUAGCUACUUCUCUGUAUGUUUGUUAGUUUUUCGUCACUAACCGAUAAUGAAUGUAUGUUUUGCUGUACAGAAAAUGAAUGUCCCGAUGUCACAGUACAUUGAAUGACCCAUUACGUUGUUUAUAGAGCAGCUGCCAUUGGUGAGAUGUCCAGUUGGAAAAUUAAGUCCAAAUUGUUUAACUUCUCUGUGUUAUUGCUGCAUAAGGUAAUAACUAACAGCCCCACACAAGUCCUGAGCCAAGCUCCCUUUCUUCUGAUGGCUACAAAAAACCCAUUUCCUUUUUACUGCUAAUGCUAGUUCAAUCACUCAAAAACAUAUCAGCUAUAUUUCCAUCUGCUACAAACAAAUCAGAGGUUUCCGACAAAUAUCCACAUGAAUGAAUCGACUCAAUGUCUGCUUAUUGAAAUCUCUUUUGACAAGUGAGAGAGUGAUGAUUGCCCGAAAGUGAAAGUGCAUAUUCUACUUUAACAAAUUGGUUUCAUGUAAGAUGCGAGUAAAACAAAAAAAGAUCUAUAUUUGUUAUGUACUGUACAUGGUAUGUAUUGUAUUUGUAAAGAUGAAUCAAACCAUGUUUUACAGGAAGACGUUCUUGUAUGAGGAUGUAUGAAAAGACGGGAAGGAUCCCUAGGACAAAUAAAUUAGAUUAUAUAUAUAUAUAUAUAUAUAAAAGUAUUUGCUUACAGUACGGCUUUAAGUGGAUAAUGUUUCUAAAACAUUUUAAGGUGCCUCAUUUGUCAUAAUUUAGCAGACAUUAUUUUAUCUGAGAAGAAAAGAAAACCUUAAUGUUAGUACCGUACGAUGUAUUUUUGCCAUAGCCCGCUGGCUGCACAAGUUAAGUAGUAUUUUCUCUGAUGUAUAGUACGUGAAUGCCCUUUGGAAAAAGCUUUAGAAGCAGACGUGUGUUGCCCUCUAUAACAAUAUUCUUGGUACAAAGUAAUACUCUUAGAUUUAUCCAGAUAUUUCGCCUUCAGGUGUCCAAAGCAAAUAAACGGAAGGAAACUUUUUUCUAGGCGUCACAGACAUGCUCUCGUCAUGUACAAUACGUGCUGUGGAGGAAACUGUGUUUACAUUAGUUUGAUGAAGAAAAGUGUGUUAGGGCAUAGUUGCUUUGAACAUUACGACUUGGUGCUAUGUUUAACUUUGUGGUGCUGUAGAAUAGAGGUCUAAAGAUUUUUUGUUCUGUUUCCACAAGUAGGCUCUGUGUGUUUGAGUAACUAAACUAGCUCCGGUAGACUCUAUAGGUCCUUAUAACAGUAUCAUGGUGUGAUGACAGUGAUAGACAAUACUGGAAAAAUAGUAGUAUAACCUCGAGUAAUAGAGACUUGUGACAUUCAAAUGAACUCCUGUUUUCUAUUGUGUGUUUGCAAUGUCUGUCUGUGCUUCCAAGGUACCCUCUCUAAAGUAUAUUUGUGAUGAUAUUGACAAUAUUAACCAAGCCUAAAAAGAGAACCUGGUUUAAAUUAGUACACAGCCAGGACACAUGAGAGGGAAUCUGAGAGCAAUGUCAGGUCGCGAGGGGAUCUUUUCUACACAGUUCCUGUAGGUCCGCCAUCUUUGGUUAACAGCACUGUUUUUCAAGCACACUAUCUGCAGGGGCGUAACCGUCUCAUGUCAUCACCACUUUUCUGACCGUAGAAAUACUACUAGUACUGUACAGUAUGGCCACGAGUAACCAUCAGACCACAUUUGUAUGUAAUGCUGAUUCUCCUGGUUGAAAGGUGUUGGGAAAGCUCAUACAUCCUCUCUGUGGGUUUAAAACGAAUGGAUGUUGUCUUCCGGGCUCUUUUUUGCAUAUUCAACAGAAACAUGUAGCCUACAGCGUUUAAGAGGGCUGCUUUGGACGUACUGUUAGCUCGAUUUUUUUGUUUCCUUUUCGAUUUUUCUGCUUACAGCUUUUAGUGCAUCACUAGGUGCUGGUAGGAUGAUACUUAGAACCGAUUUGAUUUUUUAUUGUAUUAAUCUUGCAUGUAGAGACAAUACAAGAAAACGCCUACUGUAUUUAGCAAUCAUUCAUGGACAUCCGAGCUGGUUGUUAUUGGACGGAAAAUAGAAAUAUGUAGUAUUUUCUAUAUUCUCUGUUUUUUCAUGUGUACCAGCACUGAGAAACUAGAAUGUAUUAUUAUCGUAGGCUACAAUAAGCACUACAUCGUUGACUGUUUUAGCUAUUGCUCAUACUCAAGCAAACCAAGUAGUGCUUAAAAAGGAAGAAAAUUUACUACAUUUAAUUUCAUUUUCAUCCACUGAACUCUGUGCUGUUCAUCACAUGUUUACAUUCUGUAUUAUAUGUUGUUUAUUGUUUUUUUUGUACAUAGUUUGUCUCCAUAAUGGUCUUUAAGUUGUAUUCAACACUGUUCAUAUGUAAAUAUUUCCCAAGCAUUUCUUUUUACUAUUCUCUGUUUUAAAAUGAUAACCUGAUGUCCCUUUUUUUGUGUUCAGUUUUUAGACUUAUAUUUCCGUUAUGUCACCACAUCAGGUAUAACGCUUCACUUAACUUUUUGUGAGCAAUUAACUCAUACUGUAUGGUGCUGUACCAAAGCCUUAUGUAUAAUAUUUGUAUUACUUUAUCUCUUGUUUGCCACUGCUGUCCAUUGAAUUAUGUAUCAUCUGAGAUCAUGUCUUACUCACUCUUCAUGUUCAACUGCCAUGGAUCUCAUUUCUUUAUUGAGUAAACAGAAACCUGAACGAACUAUGAUGUAAAAACUCUGGCCUGUAACCAACUGGCCUGGAUAUGACAGUCGCCAUCAAAAGCCUUUGUAAGGAGAAACACACAGGCUCACUGCUAGUGGCUCAUUGUGACGUAGACAUGGGCCUAGCACAUGAUCUAUGCUCUAUAUAUGGCAUGUCUAUGAGAAUAUGAAAACAGUGUUGUAUUCAUGUCACCAUAUCAUUUCAAAAUGCUUAGUCCCAUACGAAAUUUUCCUCUCAAAUUUUUGUAUUUUGAUAUAAUAAAAAAAAUCAAAAGAGG